GCGCUGCCCGACGGCGGCUCCGGCCCGGGCCCGGAAUAUGGUGCAGAUCGUCAUCUCCAGCGGGGGUGCUGGAGGCCUGGCGCAGUGGGUGCUGGUGGAGCUGCAGGGUGAGGUUGAGCCCCGGCAGAGCGGCGGGCUGGCAGGGAGCCUCCUGGGAGACCUGCAUUACACCCGUGAGGGCGUCCCCGUGCUCAUCGUGGGCCACCACAUCCUCUACGGGAAGGUAGUGCAGCUGGAGAAGCCCUUUGCCGUCCUGGUGAAGCGGAGAGCCGGCGAGCCCGGCCCUGAGCCCGGCCCCACGGGGCCACACGCCUCCUAUGCCGUCACCGCCCUCAUCAAAACCAAGCUCCUCUUCAAAACCCGCCCCAAGCCCAUCAUCACCAACGUGCCCAAGAAAGUGUGAAGACUCGGACUGGCGGACGUGAGCUCCGCGUUGCUGCCAGGCAGCCCUGGGCGCUGCGGCGGGGGCUUUGGGAGAUCAAAGGCUGGCCCCGGCCUCAUCACUGUCCUAUACGGAGGACUCCCAGAGCCACCUCGGGGCACUGGGUCCCACCUCUGGGCACCCAGAGCCCUUCCCAGGUCACCUGUCCCCCCUGUCAUGACUCUGUUUCUGAAGGCUGCCGAGCUGUGGGGCACAAACCCGGCUGCCAUCCCAGGUGAGAUGGGUCCUGGUGGGCAGGGACCUCCGCCGAGCCCGGGCAGGGCUGUCCUACCCCAGGGACUGCCCUCAGUGCCCAGACUUGGCCGUUCCCAGUGCGCUGCCAGCUCUGCCUGCCCUCCUGCCUGCAGCAGGGACCCACGGUGGUGCCAGUGUGCAGGUCGCUCUCCCUGACACCAUGCGUCCCCCUCUAAAAGCACCCCUGCAGCUGCAGGUACAGCUCGUGCCGGCCAGGGGCUCAGCCCCCACUUCCCUCGAGUCGCCUCGUGGCAUCAGAAUAGGGGGAGCAGGGCUACCACCCUCUUCCCCACACACCGCCCUUUCUCUGUGCAAGUCUUUAUUUUGACAAAUCCAUCAGGAUAUAAAAACAGACUUUUCCAAAAUAUGAAAAAAACCCCAGCAGGUUAAAAAAUAAAUAGAUUUACAAACAAUUAGCAAUAAGUAUGAAUACCAAAGAGCUACAAAAGUCUUCUAAAAAAUC